CGUUGCUGUGAUCGCAUGCUUCAUGUUUAUUUUCGAACAAUGAAGUGGUUAAUUUGUAGUGCUUUCGUUUUACUGUUUGUUGUCAGUUUUGUUUAUGCUGACUGUGGAGUAGUAACCAAGAAGCAAUGGGGCGGAUUAUCCCCGACACACGUAGAGUAUCUACCCCGGCCAGUUGAUUUGGUUAUAAUUCAGCACACAGUCACCCCCACGUGUGAAACCGACCAAUCGUGUGAAGAACGAGUGGCAAACAUACAAGGCUUUCACAUGGACAGUCUGAAUUUUUGGGACAUUGGACCUUCGUUUUUAAUAGGAGGUAAUGGUAAAGUGUACGAGGGAUCAGGCUGGCUGCACGUUGGAGCUCACACUUACGGCUACAAUCGCAAGUCCAUUGGGAUCACUUUUAUUGGUGAUUUUAAUAAAGAUGAUCCAAAUUCUGACGCAGUGAAUGCAGCGAAAGCCCUCAUCAAAUGUGGUGUAGAUGAAGGUCAUCUGAAGUCAGACUACAAAGUGGUAGCACAUCGCCAACUGGCAUCUACCGAAAGCCCUGGAAGAAAACUGUACCAAGAGAUCAGAAAGUGGCCGGAUUGGGUAGAAGAUGUUUCUUCUAUUAAAAAUUAAUGUUUGGAAUAUAUUUUAGGAGUU